AUGGCGGACCAAUCGAGCGAUGCGCCAGAGCCCAAUGGCCAAGAAGAUCACCAAAAACAUGAGCAUCGGUCUAAACGCUUCCGCUUCAAGUCAAAGAAAGAGGACAGACCCCGCAGCGACGCAGAGACCAAGCGCAAACGGCAUCGAGACGAGGACCACCAACACCGGCACCGAAAGCGCCGCCGGUCCUCGCGCGAAUCUAAUAGAGAUCCUCGUUUCUCGUCAGGCUACCUAGACCCAGAUCGAGCGUUUCGGGAAUCUCUGUUUGACGCCCUCGGUGACGAUGAGGGCGCAACCUUCUGGGAGGGCGUCUACGGCCAGCCGAUACACAACUACCCAAAUACCUACGAGGACGCGGAGACCGGUGAACUGGAACGUAUGACCGAUGAAGAGUAUGCGCAGUUCGUCCGGCGCAAAAUGUGGGAAAGAAGCUGGGAAGGUAUCGAGGCCGCCAGAGAAGAGAAACGGAGGGAGCGAGAGAAAGAGAAGCAGCGAAUCCGUGACGAGGAGCGGAGGCGAGCCGCAGAUGGAAUGGCAGACCACGACGACUAUAUCUUCGAUACUCAGAUUGAAGCCAGCCUUCGACGGGGUGAGAGGAGGAAAGACCGCAAGCGGUGGCAAAACCUGUGGCAGGAAUAUUUGCAUCGGGGGGAGGAACUGCAACAGCUCGCCGAGACGCGGCAGAAGUGCGAAGAGGCUGCGGAACAGCUCUAUCUGCGGAACAAGAUAGCUUGGCCCGUUGAAUCUGGCGAGCGCAAAGAUUUGGUCCGGGAAGAGAUUGAGCGGUUUAUCAGGAAGGGUACAGCAGCGGCUGCUGGGGAUGGUGAGCAGACUGUCGAUCCGUUCGCUGCUGCUAUCAAGUCUGAGCGCGUGAGGUGGCAUCCUGACAAGAUUCAACAGCGGUACGGCUUCAUGGAGAUUGACGAACACACCCUGAAAGGGGUUACGGCCGUCUUUCAAGUUCUAGACUCUAUAUGGCACGAGAUACGAAACAAGGCGGGGGAUUGA